AGCCUCGGUCUGCGACGCGCGACGGCGCCCAGAGCUCUGUCUGCAUAUUCGAUUUUCAAACAAACCAUUCAUUCCACGUUUGAAUCUCGAGCGAACCACGCGCGUAUAUAGCUGCCCGAGUAUACUCGAGUCUUGACUGCCAGUGUUUGUGUUUUUUAAACUGUGUUCUACAAAAAUGUGUGAGAAAAGGACAAGGAAAAUAAAAAAAGGGUCUCAUGUGACCCGGCUGCGAGAGGCUAGACGGUUGGAAAGACUCCAGCGUUUAGCGGCUCCCGCGACAACCGAGGAACCUGUCACACCAUGCCCUCCUGCGCAAGUCAACAAAGUAGCCCAAAACAGAGUUAUUCUGGAACUAGCAUGGAGGACCAUAGCACUGAUGCACAAAAACAGGCUUAUCCAACAAAAAAUCAUAGCGUUACAAAAAGAAACAUCGGAAUUCAUAGCGUCAGUCAUGAGCAAUCCAGAAAAUAGAAGGAGGUAUGUCGAACACGUCCGGCUCUAUGGUAUCCCCCAAGAACUCCAAUUCCAAAUUCAAACGUUCAAAAACAACAUACCCGUCAAAAUAGAAUCCAACGUUUAAAUUCAAAAUGUGAUUUUUCGACUGAUUGUUUUUUUUAAGCUUGUGCAAUUGUGAAAUUUGGUCUCACGUUGUACACGUUGCCCAUAAAUGUGACUGUUUACUUAAUUGUACUGUUUUUAUUGAAUGUGGUCAUUUUUAAUCAGUGUUUUACAUAUAAGUCUAAUUAAGUCGUUCAUAACAGUGAAACAGCAUCAAAAAAGCCUUACUAUAGGAACGCACAUACUAAAGGAGGUCGUUACUCGUACUGUAUUAAUUUACAAUCAACCUUCAAUUGUAUUUGACUUAUUUGACUAAGUACUAAUAAUUUGUUAAUUUAUGACCUGUUAAUGUUAGUCUAUUGUUGUUUAUUAGGUAAGUAUCUACCUUUCACUUUUAUUAGCUUUCUUAUAGGUAUAACCUAGUGAGAGAUCUUAAGAACAUUCAUUUAAACUGCCUUUCAACUGAGUCAUAAAAGAGUUCUUAAAUAAUAUCGUGCUCAAAGCAAGUAAGAUAUUAAAAAGACAAUCAUAGAUUUAGCAGAAAAAAGUAACGCAAUCUUUGGCAUACGUUUUGAGGCUAUAAAUAGUAGCUUAAAUGACGCUAUUUUUAUCAAUGAUAAAUGCCAGUCGAUGAACUACAAUUAAAAAUAUUAUGAUUAAGGCAAUUAUGUUGUAAGUAAUUAUUUUUUGUCCAAAAAGAUCUCGUUCUUUUUUAAAUGCAUCUAGAAUAUUCUGAAAUUAAAUCUUUAGAAUUAUUUUUCUUAUUAAUCUUCCAGCAAUAAAGAUUAAAAUGCAGUGUCUUAAAACGAAUCGUUGUGGUUAUUCUAGGAUACUUUAUUUACAUGUAUGUGAUUCCGAGGUUGUAAUAUUGAGGCUGUUAAUGUUUCUAGAUACCUACGUCUUCGUACAUUUCCUUUUGAAUUCGAUGUUGUACCUUUUUAAUGUUAAAUUUAGUGCUCAUCCAGUAAAGCCUUGAAUACAUGUAAUUAUACUUGCACCAAUUGUAAGUACCUAAGUUUAGUAGGAACUUAUAGUAAAAAUAGCAAAAAUUAAGCUGAAUAAAAGAAUUAUUUCUGUAAUAAUUAGCAAAUUUGGGACUUGCGGUAUCAUGCAUGAAUGUUGAACACGUUAAUAAAGCUUUCUUUAUCUACCGAUAUAACAUGAAGAAAUUUCAUGUUAGGUACAAAAUUUAUAAUAUAGUUUAGAUAGUGAGAAAUUUAUAAAGCAACAUUAUCAGAAUUUAAAAAAAAUUCAAGAACAUAUAUUUAAAGUAAUAUACGCGUAUCUUUUUACCUACUGUGAGUUGACAAUGUGGUGUGGUGUUGAUACACUAACACUUACAUAAAAAUAAAUACACAUUAGGUACCAUUUUAGUAUUCAUAAGUACCGUUCAAUGUGUUAGGUAGGUUAUCUAUGCGUAUAAAAAUUAAAAUAAAACAUAACUGUGUUGUUAUUCUGUAAUUUGCAAAUAUUUUUGAAUAUGUAACUAAACACAAUGUCGGAAUGAGUUAAAAUUAUAACAACUUUAAAUAUCCUCGAUUAAUUUUUUAUUGUGCUACAUCACUUUUUUCACUCUCACGAGAACUGGGUAAGGUUUAAAUACUCUAUAAUAAUAAGAUAGUUUAAAAUUACUUAUUUAUUGUUUUGUUAUAAUUAAAUGUCAACGCAAGGGUUACACACGAUGCAAAUUCACCUUUUAUACCCCACAUAAUACUUUUAUGCGAAAAUACAGUUCUUUAAAGUGAAAUACAAUUAUGACGAACAAUUUAAGUAAUUAAGAUUUUAUGAUAGAUAUACAUAUUAUGUAAAUAUGGAAUAAUUCGUAAAAUAUUUUGUUCGCAUGUUGUUCACAAAAUAAAAUGAAUACCUGGGUAGGUAGGUACAGUAAUGCUAGCGUGUAAACCUUGCUAUUAUUGCAUUUAUAAUAAUAAUAAUCAACAAAAGCACAGAUCUACCUGGCACUGUGUUCAUUUUGAAUGUAGAUGUAUUAUUUCAGUAACCAAUAACAAAAUAAUUUUCAAAUUGUAGUACAUAUUUUAUAUACUUUUCGUUUUGGCCAUACUUAAGUACCUAUUUAUUUAUUUAUUGCCAAAAAGUAUUCCCUAUUUAGGGCUCAUAAGUUUUGCUAAUGUGAUAUGAGUAAUUAUAUAUUUAUGUAUCUAAUGUGAUAGUUUCAUUAAGUAUUUUCAAAAUUAAUAGUGCAUCUCAAAUUUUAAUUUUAAUAAUGUACAAAAUGUAAGAAGCGUAUAGUAAGAGUAAUAUCUUUUAGAAAAAUAAAAAAUAACUACCUACUGACAUCAGUAAUUAAAAACAAAAAGAGUUUCUUUAUUGUAUGAACUUUUAUUUCUUUUAUUUAUAGACCAAAGUAAUGGCAUGUUUGUGACCAAACGUAUUAUCGAGGUUCUACGUAUUAAGUUUAAAAAAAGUAAUUCAAUGUUUGACAUUUGAACUUUGAAGUAUUUUUUUUUUUGUUUUGAAGGGAAUAACACCCAAUUAGGUAUAUAUAUAUUACUUACUUAAUUCCGUUGUAUUGAAAGCAAUUUUUGAAGAAAAUCCAGAAGCGCUGUUUCCAGAUUAUCUAUACUUACUUGGUUAGAUUUAAGCAGUGAUACAAGUGUCAUUUUAAACACCAGUAAAUUUAACUUAAUAACUUAUACGAUAUAUAACGAAAUAAUUUAUGGAAAUUUUCAUGAAAAUUUCAAUAAAUUAUUUCGCUUUUCGCCUGAACACAACUUGCUCAGAUAUCAUUCUGGUGUUUACAAUGCCAUACGUAUUACAACGCUCCAUAUUGUAAAAAGCUUUGAUAUACGCUUAAAAAUGGUUAUCUUCUUUAGCAUUAAGAUAAUUUACAUUGAAAAUAAAAUA